CAUGCGAGCUAAAUUUGUGAUCGCACAAAAUCAAGAUGUUAGAUUGAUGCAGAAGAUCACUUCGUUCCAAAGGGAAAGUUUUCAUCUCACGAGUUUGGAGCAGAGGCCCGGUGGGGCAACAUGGCCGAAGGCGGGGCAAGCAAAGGUGGUGACGAGCCAGGGAAGCUGCCUGAGCUGGCCGAGGAGGACUCCCGGGUUCUGCACGGGACUGGCCACUGUAAGUGGUUCAAUGUGCGCAUGGGAUUUGGAUUCAUCUCCAUGACCAGCCGAGAGGGAAACCCCUUGGACCUGCCAGUCGAUGUGUUUGUGCACCAAAGCAAAUUAUUCAUGGAAGGAUUUAGAAGCCUAAAAGAAGGAGAACCAGUGGAAUUCACAUUUAAAAAAUCUUCCAAAGGCCUUGAAUCAAUACGGGUAACAGGACCCGGUGGGAGUCCCUGUUUAGGAAGUGAAAGAAGACCCAAAGGGAAGACACUGCAAAAAAGAAGGCCGAAGGGAGAUAGAUGCUACAACUGUGGUGGCCUUGACCAUCAUGCCAAGGAAUGUAGUCUACCUCCUCAGCCAAAGAAGUGCCAUUACUGUCAGAGCAUCACGCACAUGGUGGCAAACUGCCCACAUAAGACUGCUGUGCAGCCGCCGCCUGUCAGUUCUCAGGGAAGACAGGAAGCAGAGUUGCAGCCGUGCAUUUCGACUUUCCCCAGAGAGGCGGGGGCAGGGCAUGGCUGUACAUCAUCAGCCCUGCUUCCUCAGGAGGCCAGGCCUGAGGUCUCGGAACGGCUGGGCAGGUCGCCUCAAGAAGCUUCCUCCAUGAAGCCAUCUGCAGCACCAGAAGAACAAAGCAAAAAGGGGCCUUCCAUUCAAAAAAGGAAAAAGACAUAACCCUUCUCCUGACCGUAUCAUCUUCUCUCCUCAAAUGGGAUGUCUACCUCAUGCGAGUACAGUGGAUUAGUAUUUCAUAAACAACAGCUGACCUGGGAGUUUAACUACUGUUGAGGAACUGUGAUUUUUUUUUUUUUUU